AAAUAACCCUCACUUUCUACUCCCCAAAUCAGCAAACCAUACUACCAUAGUUCCCAAAUCCUCCUCCAAUGGCGGAUCCCAAUCCGACCCCGCCAUCAAUCCUCUCAACCCUAGGCGAGGAGAUCAUCCGCAUCAUCGUCCCAGUCUCCACCUGCAUGCUCAUCGUCGUCCUCCUCGUCACCGCCCUCUCCUCCUCCUCCUCUUCCUCGCAAACCCUAACCCUAACCUCCUCCAUCGCCGGCAUCGCCUACUCCGAGUCCCCCUCGGAUUCUCUCUGGGACAAGCUCAAAGGCGCCGCCUUUUACUCCGCCGUCUUCGUCGCCGUCAUCACCGCCCUCACCUUCGUCCUCUUCCUCCUCUUCUACUUCCGCUUCACCGGCUUCCUCAAAUCCUACAUGGCUUUCUCCUCCUUCGUCGUCCUCUCGUUCCUCGGCGCUGAGGUUUGCUUGCUUCUCGUCAGCCACUUUGGGUUUGCUAUCGACGCUGUUAGCUUCUCCAUUGUUAUGUUCAAUUUCUCGGUAGUUGGAGUAAUGUCGGUGUUUUUGAUCAAAAUGCCGAUUUUGGUGACGCAAGGGUACUUGGUGGCGAUUGCGGUUCUGGUUGCUUAUUGCUUUACGAUGUUGCCCGAGUGGACUACUUGGGCUUUGCUCGUUUCGAUGGCGUUGUAUGACCUGGGGGCUGUUUUGUUGCCCGUUGGGCCGUUGAGGCUUUUGGUGGAGCUGGCGAUGUCGAGAGAUGAGGAGUUGCCGGCUUUGGUUUAUGAGGCUAGGCCGGUUGAGGCUCCGGUCAACUCUAGGAGGAGGGUCUGGAGAGGGAGGAGGAACUCUGAUAAUUUGAAUGGGAGUAGCAAUAUUGGGACUGAUUCAGUUCCCAAUUCAGAUUCUUUGACGGAAAGGAGAGAUAUUGGAGAAAAUCAAAGUUCUAAUUUGAAUGAUUCAACAGUUGGGGAGUUGUUGCCUGAGACAAGGUUGGUUAUUGAUGAUGUAGGGUCUGAGUUACGUGCUGCGUUAUUAAGAAGAGAAUUAGAAGGGGGAGAAGGGGAUGGUUUUGAAGGGAUCGGGUUAGGGUCGACAGGUGCGAUCAAGUUGGGCUUGGGAGAUUUCAUAUUUUACAGCGUCUUGGUGGGGAGAGCGGCACUAUAUGAUUACAUGACGGUGUAUGCAUGCUAUCUUGCUAUUAUAGCGGGGCUCGGUCCAUCUCCAAACAUGGUUUUGUUGGUUAGUUUUUGGGCCCGGAUUGAUCCACUCUAUCUGAUUAGAACCGCCGAGGUUAAGGCUUGAAUCAGGUUAGUGGGAGUUGCCUAACACAGCCUUUAAGACUUUUUUUUUGGGAUAGAUCCCUGUACUUGUAGGAAGUUAGGUGACGAGGAAUUGUAUUCUUUUGAAACCUUAGUAACAUUUUCUGUUUGUUUCGAAUAUCUCCGGCGGAUUUCUGUGAUAUACAUACUGGUCCGUGGAAAAUCAAUGGAAACUUGGCUGAGGAAGUCAGCAUUAGACCUCCGUUCUAUCUACAAGGGCGCUAGACCUGAUAAUCUCUGGACUUUGCUAAAUGAGAUUUUCCUGCACUGGUCAUCUCAAGUUGAACCUGAUGAAUGAAGCGCAAGCUAUCUAAUUCGGUUGUUGCAGCUGAAGUGAGCAAGAGUAAUUGUAUGCAAAAAAAAAUUAAACCCCUUAUAAUUCCUGUAGACAGUUCUCUUGAUUGUAUCCUCCAGUUUUUGCUCUUGUAGACUUACAUAAUUGGUUCCCUAUGCAAUGGUUUUCUUGCUUCGACUUCCUGGAUAUUGCCAUUAUUUAUAAUAUGGCAAGCCCUAUUCGUCGAUAUCGUGAAGUUAAAUUUCUGUUUGACUAUCAAUGAGUUGUCAUUCAGUUGUUUGAGCCUCGGAGCAUUUCAUCAGCUAUCUUAUACAACUAAGGGCAUUGUCUUUAAGUUAUGUAAUUAUUUGUAUUUUUCGAUGAGUUUAUGUUCAAAAUCUUUCCAAAUAUGAUGGUUGACUAUCUAAAGUGAUAUAUAUUAUCACCGACAUUCCCAUCAACAAUGUCCAUCAACUCUAAACUUCUCAAGCAUAUUACGCCUGAAUUGAUUUUUAAGAUGAAACUCCACUUAGCUGUAGUUUCACUAGGUCUUAGUUAUGGUUGUGAAGUUUGUGAUUGCAUUUAUAGGCUGUUUGCUGAAACUGCUACAAUGACCAUAAAACCGAAACUAUGUUUUACAUGUUCUUAUGUCUAGGGUAUACCAUUAAGGUGAAGUUUAAUUUGGCAAAAGAGGGGAGAAGAGAAGAAUCCAACUAGUGCAACAGCAUAAUUUCAGCUACGUCCCCUGAUUCCAAAACGGAGUUUUAACACCUUGAUCCCCUGAUUUCAGAACAAAGUUUUUCUGUUAUCUGUAACCUUCAGGUGGGCGUCACAGCACGUCUAAAAUGUAUUGCGGAGAAAUUUCGUGAUAUUUUAGCGUAUCGCCAAAAUGAAUGCACGGGUUCUUGAUGAAUUUGAUACUUCUAUGAAUUGCGUUACGUAUUAUAAACUCGUUAGUUUAGUACUUGCAGUAGCUUGCUAUGGCAAAAUUGUUUUGAGUGCUUUCUAGUUACAAUCUUAGUUGAACACUUGCCAAAGAAGUUCUCAAAUCAUGCAUUAUAUCUUUAGUUAUGUAUAUGACAGCAUCAAGCACAUUCGGCUACAUCCUUCUUAACGGGAGCAAAACUUGACAUUAUCAAUUUCAUCUGACUAAUAUAACACCCA